AUGUCUCUACCCUUGCACAAGAACAAGCUCGAGCACGAGCCUGAGCCUGGGGGCGAUGCGCCGGAAGAUCUCCAAAGGAAAUACUCCACUCACCCUUCUCCCCAACCACGCGCAGCCAUCAACCAGACAGGACAUCACAACACCACUGAGACACGCAAUCCAGCUCGAGCCUCACAAAUACCGGACUCGUGCAAGCGUCGGACGCAGCAAACGCACGUCAGGAUCCCGCCCACAACGACAUGCGGCAUGCGACCUCGUCCAUGUGACUUGGCUGGCGGUGCAGGUGUACGGGUGGGCUGUGGAGGUGAAGGAUGUCCCUCAUACGUGCCUCGCACUGUACAGAUGGUCUGGAUUGGAUGUCACGUGGUGAGGUGGAGCUGA